UCACCUCGACCUCCAUUGCCAAGCUCUCACUCUCCCACUAAAAACCACUUAAAACCUUCCUCGUUGCCUGUAAAUUAUAGAGAGAGUUUCUUCCGGUUGUGGCAGGAUCGACGCAUAAUGAGUGCGCGAACCGGUUCGCACCAGCUGAGCAACGGCCUGAUCGUGUCAGGUCGGCCGGAGCAGCAGCAGAAGGAGCGGCAGCCUACGAUAGGUUCUCGCGCCAUUCCGUACACCGGAGGCGAUGUUAAGGACUCCGGCGAGCUAGGGAAGAUGUACGGAAUCGAAAUUUCCGCCGGAGAGCACCACCACCAACCUCCAGUCGUUACUCCCAAGCCGCCGUCCCGGCCGCCGUCGGCUUCUCAGCUCAAUAGCGGAUCCGCCAGAUCCGGCCCCAAUUCCGGCUCGAUAGGCACGAAGAACGUCAACUCUGGUUCAAUGAGCAAAAAAUCGUCGUCGUCGUCAUUCUCCGGGCCGAUGACGCCGAUUCAGCCGACCGGACUGAUCACCUCCGGUCCGCUGGGGUCGUCGAACUCGAACCGGCGGUCGGGGCAGCUGGACGCGCCGUUAGCGCCGAGCUCGUUCAACAAGUCUGCGUACGGCUCCGCCGUCACGAGCCUAGGGGAGGAUGUGAAGUUAGGUUUUAGGGUUUCUCGAGUUGCAAUGUGGGUGUUUCUGAUAGUGGUGGUGAUGGGGCUGGUUGUGGGGGCGUUUCUCAUGGCCGCCGUGAAGAAGCCGGUUGUUCUGGUGGCGGUGGCGGCGGUGCUUUUCCCCGCCGCCGUGAUCGUGAUAUGGAAUUGCGCUUACAAAACGCGCGGAGUGAUCGGAUUUCUCAAGAGCUAUCCCGACGCCGAGCUCAGGGGCGCCGUUGAUGGACAGUAUGUCAAGGUUACAGGGGUUGUCACCUGUGGCAGCAUAGCUCUCGAAACCUCUUUCCAAAGGGUACCGCGAUGCGUGUAUGUCUCAUCUGAAUUAUACGAAUACAGAGGCUGUGGCGGAAAACCCGCAAACGCCAAGCAUCGGAUCUUCUCUUGGGGAUGUAGACAUUCAGAGAAGUAUGUAGCGGACUUUUAUAUCUCAGAUUUCCAGUCCGGUUUGAGAGCUCUAGUAAAAGCAGGAUACGGUGCCAAAGUUUCACCUUUUGUUAAACCUACUGUAGUGGUCGAUGUCACCAAGGAUAACAAAGAGCUGUCUCCCAAUUUCCUACACUGGCUUUCUGACCGCAGUUUGUCAAGCGAUGAUCGGGUCAUGCGCCUCAAAGAGGGUUAUAUCAAAGAAGGAACCACUGUGAGUGUAAUGGGGAUGGUUCAGCGCCACGAUAAUGUCCUGAUGAUUGUUCCGCCAAGCCAGCCCAUCUCAACAGGUUGCCGCUGGCCCUGUUGUCUUCUUCCAACAUACAUCGAAGGUGUUGUUUUGACAAGCGACGAAGGUCAAAAUGGUGACGCAAUUCCUGUGUAGAUAACGUCGCAGCAACCUUGUUCUUAUCGUCGAUUUCCAAGACAGAGUAGGGAGUGGAAUAUAUGAGGUGGAAGAAUUAUCCAGCCCAAUCCACUCCAAACUCUUCUAAUGAAGAACAUGAUCGCGAUCGAUUGAAUCGAUCUCCGAGGUACAUUGCCGAAUGGGGAAAAGGAUGCCCCCAUAAGCAAUGUUCUGCUGCUGUUGAUCAGAUUUUAUUUAUGUCAUCAUUGUACAGAAAGUUGUCCAGUUGUCCUAAGGCCUUAACAAUCUACAUGCCUUCCUAAGUGAAAUCAAUGUAACUUUGUCCAGCC